AUGAACCUAGCAGCGGUCACCAAAUUGCUGAAUCUCAAACAUCAUGCGCAACGGCACCUGGACGAGAAGAAGAGGAUCUACAAGAAAAAGCGCGAUAAGUCCGAUAACCAACUAAGCUUAUCGACCGCUUAUCAGUACGGGAGGGCAUUCCCGCCACUCGCGCCGCCCGGAGAUCCUCCCCGAACCGACGUCGUACCACCCGAUCUACUCUCCAUCGACUUUCUUCGCUCCGGUCAUGUUCACACUGGCCCGAUGCCCAUCGGACUCAACAUGUCGGUCCUAAGGAGGCGCACCGUGACACUCGUUGCGCACGAGUCAAGUUUCCUCCCCCCCAUCUCGGUAUCCUGUCGCACGCGACACUUCUCGCUCUUCAGUCGCCCGUCGCCGCAGUAUCCCGGCCAUGUGCCGUUGAACGUUCUCGAGCGCGGAGCUCUCGCCUUUGGCUCUGCGUUCGGGGCGCUGAUGAACCCUCGUCGAGCGGACCUCAUCGCAGCCUGCGGCGAAGCCACCGCAACCCCAUAUUUCAUCUACCGGCUACGCGACGCCAUGCUCUCGGACCCAACGGGGCGACAAAUCCUCCGCGAACGACCCCGCAUGACCUCCACGACCCUCCCACUGCCCUACCUGCGCUCUCUCCCCGAGAACUCCGUCGGCCGGACCUACGCCGUCUGGCUGGACCGCGAAGGCGUGUCCCCCGAUACGCGCGACAACGUACAGUACAUCGACGACGAGGAGUGCGCGUACGUGAUGCAGCGGUACCGCGAGUGUCACGACUUCUACCACGCGCUGACGGGCCUGCCGACGUUCGUGGAGGGCGAGUUGGCGCUGAAGGCGCUGGAGUUUUUGAAUACGUUGAUUCCCAUGACGGGGUUGAGUAUGGCUGCGGCGGUGCGGUUGAAGCCCGCGGAGAGGGAGCGGUUGGUGUCGUUGUGGUUGCCGUGGGCGGUGCGGAGUGGACUGUCGAGUAAGGAGUUGAUUAAUGUCUACUGGGAGAAGAUUUUGGAGAAGGAUGUUGAUGAGUUGCGUGGGGAGUUGGGUAUCGAGAGACCGCCGGAUAUGAGGGAGAUUCGGCGCAUGAUUAGAGAGCAGAAGAAGAGGGAGAAGCAGAAGUUGGAGCAGUAG